AUGGCUAAUCUAUUUUGUUUUUUUUCUCGAAAAAAAAAAGAUUCAAAAAAUAAUAAAAAAGGUUUUAAAUCUAUAUUUUGUCGUAGAAGAAAAAACAAACCGAUUUUAGAAAAACCUGAACCACAAUCUGCUAUCAACCUCAAAAAAAUUCCACCAAAUGUACUUCAAUUAAUUUUUUCACAUUUAGAUAAUAUGGGGUCAAAAGGAUUAUAUUCAUGCCUUUUUGUUGAUCAUUAUUGGCAUUCAAAUGUUCUUCCAAUAUUAUGGAAACAUCCUUUCACCUCAAAACCUUUAUCUAACAUAAAUUCUGUGAAAUUAAUCGAAACUUUAUUACUUUGUCUUGACCCAGCUGCAAAACAAUCAUUAAGAGCAUCUUUAAAACAACAAAAAUUAAAAUUAAUAAUACCAAAUAAAUCUUCAUCAUUUGAUUAUGCUUCUUUAUUAAUUGAAAUAGAUUAUAAAGAAUUAGAAAAAUCGAUUCAUUUUUAUUUAUUAGAAUCUUUUAAUAAUAAUAAUAAUAAUAAUAAUCGUCUUAUAACACCAAGAUCAACAACGGUGAAUCCAUUACUUGAACAUGUUCAUUUAUUAUCAAAAAAUUUAUUCAUGUUAUUCAUGAAAAAAAGUUCAAAAAUUGAAUCAUUAAUCAUUGAUAAAUUUGGAGAAUUUUCCGAUUUACCUAUAAUUGAAAUACAACAACAAAGAAAAUCAAAUAUUUUAUCAAGAAUUACAAAACUUCAUUUAAAUUAUUAUGAAUCAAGUGAUAUAUUUGAUUUUUUAAGAUUAUUACCAUCAUUAUGUAAUGAUUUAAUAGAAUUCAAUAUAAAUAUUAUUGAUUUUGAAAAUGAAGCUUUAAUACAUAGAUCAAUAGCUGAUGUUAUAAUUUCUCAACGGGGUUUAAAAAAAUUUAGUAUAGAAGGUGCUAGAAAUGGUGGUAAUACUAUUUUAUCAGCAUUAGGAGAUUCUCAAUCAAAAACUUUAAUAUCUAUUAGAUUUAAAUUAAUUAAUUUUAAAUCUACUGGAAUGAAAUCAUUAACAAAAUGUGAUCAAUUAAAAGAACUUUUAUUUGAAAAUUGUCAAGGUCUUACCCCUGAAAUAACAAAAAUUUUAUUUAAUGCUAAAUUAAAAAAUUUAAAAAAAUUGGUUAUUUGGAAUAAAUAUAAAGCACCUCCUAUUACUUCUAUGAUAAUUAAAUCAACUAAGAAUAGUAAUUUAAAAGAAUUAACUUUAGAUACUAUAAUUAUUGGUACUGUUAAUACAAUAUUAGAAAAUUGUUCUAAUAUUACAACUUUAAAAAUAUUUGAUUAUCAACCAAAACAUAAGGUACAAAUGUUUAGAUUAUUAAGAGAUUUACCUUUACUUGAGAAUUUAACAAUUUAUAGGGAAACUGAAGUAGAAUUAGGUGUUAUAGAUUUUUCGGGUAAAUUUUUACCAAAUAGUAUAAAAUGUUUAAGGUUAGAAUGUGGAAUUAAUCCGGAUCAAUUGGAUAAUUUAUUAAAAGGUUUAGGAGAUCGUAGUAAAUUAAAUACUUUAAUUAUAGAUUAUUUUAAAUUAGAAAUAACUCAUUUAAAAGUUAUACAUGAUUGGGUAAAAAGUAAAAGAACUUUAAAAUUUUUAGGUAUUGGUGGAAAAUCUAAAUUUAGUAAAAAUGAAUUAUUAGAAUUAAAGGUUUUACAAGAUGAAUAUGAAGUAUUCAUUAUUCCAUCACAUAGAAUCCAAAACGAGGAUGUGAUUGUGCGACAUAAGGAAGUGUCAAUUGUUAGAUUUGAAGAGAUUGUUCCAAUCACUCGUGAAAAAUUAUUUAAAGAUUUAAAAGCUAAAGAAGCAAACUCUAAAACAACAUGUUUUAAACAAUUUUUUGAAAUUAAUAGUGGACAAGAAAUAUUUAAUGAUAUAGGAAGUUAUGGACAUUUAAAUGAAAUAACAUCAGAAAAACCAAAGAAAUUAAGAGAAUUUUCUUCAGAAAUUAAUUCUACAGCAGAAUUCUCAUCAACAUUACCAACAUUACCAACAGAAUGUCUUGAAAAAAUUUUUAAAAAUUUAGAUAAUGAACUUUUCUCAUGUUUAUUAGUUUGUCGUUCAUGGUGUAGAAAUAUAGUUCCAAUAUUAUGGUCAAAACCUUUUGAUAAAUUAUCAAAAAAUUCUAAAUAUAAACUUAUUAGAACUUAUAUUACAUGCCUUUCAGAUGAAGAAAAAUCAUGUUUAAAUUCACAACUUUUAAAACAUGGAAUUAAAAUUCCUUAUACAACUCAUAGUUUAUUUAAUUAUUCUAUAUAUUUAAAAGAAUUAUCAUAUAUGGAAUUAUAUCAAUCAGUUGAUUCAGGAAUAAAACAUUAUCGUAAAUCAUUUAUUGGUCAUAACACUUAUAAAAUAACUUCAUUAUUAACGAAAUCAAUUUGUAGAAUGUUUUUAACAAAAAACAUAACAGAUACUUCACUUAAUUUACAAUCUUUUAAGAUUGAUAGACAUUUUAUAGAUAUUUUUCCUGAAUUGGAUUUAUUUUCAAAAGUUUAUCCUGGAUUAUCUCAAAUUACAAAAUUUACUUUAAAUUAUGAUCCAAAUUCUGAAAACCUUUUUAAAUUUUUACAACAUUUUCCUAAUUUAUGUAUAGGAUUAAAUUUUUUAGAUAUUACUUUACCUUAUUUUGAAAAUGAUCCAACUAUAAUAGAUUUAUUAAAUUCAUUAAUUAAAAAACAAAAAUCAUUAAGAGAUUUUAAUUUAUCAGGGGCUAGAAUUGGUGCAAAUAUUAUUAUACCAGUACUUUUAUCCUCUCAUUAUAAUAAUUUAAUUUCAAUUAAAUUUCAAAAUCUUGAUUUUCAAAAUGUUGAUUUAAGUAAAUUAACAUCUUGUAAAAAAUUAGAAAAUCUUACUAUAUAUCAUUGUACUGGUUUAAAUCGUUCAAGUUUACCUUUACCAAAUAAUUUUAAUAAUAGAAUAAUUUUGAAAUCUUUAAUUAUAGGUUGUUCUCCAAAAUAUCCACAAAUACCUACAAUAAUUAUUGAAUCUCCACUUGGUAUAUCUUGUCAAGAAUUAUGUUUGGAUUUGAUCACCCCUGAAAUCGUUGACGCCAUAAAACAUAAUUGUCGAAACGUCACCAAAUUAAGACUCCGUGAUCAUUUCAUCAGCAUCAACAAAAAUGAAUCUUUCACUCCGGAAUUUUUAAUAAAUAAUUUAUUUCAUAGUUUAUUACUUGAAAGAUUAACAAUUAAUAUUAGUCCAAAGAAUAGUGAUUAUGAAGAAUUAAAUAUUCAUGGUAGAGAUUUACCAUCAAGUUGUUGGUAUUUAAAAUUACAUUGUGGAUUUUCUGUUAGACAUUUAUAUGAUUUAUUAUUAAGUGAUGAAUGUAUGGCUUCGAUUAGUGCAUUAAUCGUAGAUUAUUCAAAAUUACAUACUGGACAUUUAAUGGUCAUACGAGAUCUAGUAAAAGAGAAAGGAACUUUAAAAUAUUUUGGUAUAUAUGGGAAAAAAGAAUUUGGUAAAGAGGAAUUGGAAGUGAUUAAAGAUUUACAAUAUAAAUAUAAAGUUAACGUCAAUUUUGAGGACAUUGAUUUUUAGAUAAUACAAACAUGUAUUCAGAUUUCAGAUACAAUAAAUACCUUUAUUUUUUAUAUACAUAUAUAAAUAAAUAUAUUAAAAUACUGUAUACAACAUAAAUAUAUAUAAUAUAUAAAUAAAUAAUAUGUAUGUAUAUAUAUAUGUAUAUAUAUAUUUAUAACAAACAAAUAUUAUU